CGCCGCGGUCCGCGUUCUAGCCGUCUCCGGAGGGCGGGUCGCUACUGGCCCCACCCCCGCCCACAUUUCUUCCUCUUGGGAAGCACCCCCUGAGUCUCCGAGAUUGGGCCGGAGCUGGCUGCUGGCUUCCAGAACGUCGGCGGUCUCUAGCGGCGAUGGAGGGCGCCCACGAGAACCCCGCAGAGUCUAGCUCCUCCGUCCCCAGGUCCGAAGAGCCUGCCGGCUCGGCCGGAGGCCCCGAGCUGUUGCCUGCAGAGGAGUCGGAGGGCUGCGCCCGUCCCUUGGAGGCGGCCCCCAAGAAACUCUGUGGCUAUCUAAGUAAAUUUGGCGGCAAAGGGCCCAUUCGGGGCUGGAAAUCCCGCUGGUUCUUCUACGACGAGAAGAAAUGUCACCUGUAUUAUUCGCGGACCGCGCAGGAUGCCAGUCCCUUGGACAGCAUCGACCUCUCCAGUGCGGUCUUUGACUGCAAGGCGGACGCCGAGGAGGGGACUUUUGAAAUCAAGACUCCCAGCCGGAUUAUUACUCUGAAGGCUGCCACCAAGCAAGUGAUGCUGUAUUGGCUGCAGCAGCUGCAGAUGAAGCGCUGGGAGUUCCACAGCAGCCCGCCUGCGCCUCCCGCCGCCCCCGAUGCCGCCCUGGCUGCCAACGGGCCCGCCCUGCGCCUCGAGCUAGAGCAAGAGGAGGCAGAGCUGGAGGACUUCCUGUGCCCUGUGCGAACACCCCCCGGGGUUGUGGGUGUGGCGGCUGCCUUGCAGCCCGUGCCUGCCAUGCCCUUGGCCCUUCAGAACAUUUCCCUCAAGCAUCUUGGAACUGAAAUACAAAACACAAUGUACAAUAUUCGGGGCAACAGGCAGGCCCAAGGAACAGGCCACCAACCUCCAGGGGAAGAUCCUCCACUGAGCGCGGAACCUUGGAGGACGGAGCAGCCCGUACCCUCUGACCCUGGUGCCCCAGGGAAAGAUCCAGCGGAUUCUCCAAAGUCUACACCCAAGUCCUCUCUGACUGCCCAUCUCAUUCAGAAAGCCAAGCGCCAGAACAACACCUUUCCGUUCUUUGCUGAAGGACUCCCACGGACCCGAACUGCCCAGGAAAAGGUUCUGGCCUUGGAGCAGCAGGUUCUGAUGCUCACCAAGGAGUUAAAGUCUCAGAAGGAGCUGGUGAGGAUCCUGCACAAGGCGCUAGAGGCUGCCCAGCAGGAGAAGAGGGCGUCCAGCGCAUACCUGGCAGCAGCCGAGGACAAGGACCGGCUGGAGCUGGUGCGGCACAAGGUGCGGCAGAUCGCAGAGCUGGGCAGGCGGGUGGAGGCCCUGGAGCAGGAGCGGGAGAGCCUGGUGCAGACGGCCGGCCUGCAGGAACAGCAGGUGCAGGAGCUGCGGCGGCACGUGCAGCUGCUCAUGGACAAGAACCAGGCCAAACAGCAGGUCAUCUGCAAGCUGUCUGAGAAGGUCACCCAGGACUUCACGCAUCCCCCUACCCAGCCGCCUGGGCCCCCAGGGGCUGCCGACAGGGACUUCCUGAGCCAGCAGGAGAAGAUGGAGCACCUGAAGGAUGACAUGGAAGCAUACCGGACCCAGAACCGCUUCCUCAACUCCGAGAUCCACCAGGUCACAAAGAUCUGGAGAAGGGUGGCUGAAAAGGAAAGGGCCCUCCUGAUGAAGUGUGCCUACCUCCAAGCCAAGAACUGCCAGGUGGAGAGCAAGUACCUGGCCGGGCUGCGGAGGCUACAGGAGGCCUCGGGGGGUGAGGCCACUGAGUGCUCAGAGCUGCUGAGGCAGCUCAUCCAGGAGGCGCUGCAGUGGGAAGCCGGGGAGGCCUCAGCCGAUGGCGUGGAGCUGAGCCCCAUCAGUGAGUAUGAUGAGUAUGGCUUCCUGACGGUGCCCAACUUCGAGAUGGAAGACCUGAAGCUGCUGGCCAAGAUCCAGGCUCUAGAGGUGCACUCCCACCACCUGCUGGCCCACGAGGCCGUGGAGCGGCCGCUGCGGGAGCGCUGGGCUGCCCUGGGUGAUCUUGUACCCUCGGUCGAGCUCAAGCAGCUGCUGCGGGCAGGUGUGCCCCGAGAGCACCGGCCGCGUGUCUGGAGGUGGCUGAUCCACCUCCGCGUCCGGCAUCUGCAGAGCCCCGGCCACUACCAGGAGCUGCUGAACCGGGGCCGGGUCCGCGAGCAUCCUGCCGCCCGCCAGAUUGAGCUGGACCUGAACCGUACCUUCCCCAACAACAAGCACUUCACCUGUCCCACCUCCAGCUUCCCCGACAAGCUACGCCGGGUGCUGCUGGCCUUUUCCUGGCAGAAUCCCACCAUUGGCUACUGCCAGGGCCUGAACAGACUGGCGGCCAUCGCUCUGCUGGUCCUGGAGGAGGAGGAGAGCGCCUUCUGGUGUCUGGUGGCCAUUGUGGAGACCAUCAUGCCGGCUGAUUACUACAGCAAGACACUGACAUCAUCCCAGGUGGACCAGCGGGUGCUCCAGGACCUCCUCUUGGAGAAGCUGCCCAGGUUGAUGGCUCACCUGGGGCACUACCGUGUGGAUCUCUCCUUCAUCACCUUCAACUGGUUCCUCGUGGUCUUUGCAGACAGUCUCAUCAGCAACAUCCUUCUCCGGGUCUGGGACGCCUUCCUCUAUGAGGGUACCAAGGUGGUAUUCCGCUAUGCCUUGGCCAUUUUCAAGUACAACGAGGAGGCGAUCCUGAGACUGCAGGAUGGCCUGGAGAUCUACCAGUACCUGCGCUUCUUCACCAAGACCAUUUGCAACAGCCAGAAGCUGAUGAACAUCGCCUUCAACGACAUGAACCCCUUCCCUAUGAAGCAGCUGCGGCAGCUGCGGACGGCCCACCGGGAGCGGCUGCAGGCUGAGCUGCGUGAGCUAGAGCAGCUGAAGGCUGAGUACUUGGAGACUCGGAACUCCCAAGGCCCAGCGGUGCCAGAGGGUUGCACCAGUGAGGACGAGGGGGAGGGGGAUGCCUGACUUGGCCACCUGCCCUCCCCAAAGCCCUUUCUCCCCUUUGGCUGUCAGGCCCCCGGGAUGGCGGCCGUGGAACAGUGGUCCAGCCAGUGAGCCACAGCACCGCGUGUCGCUGGGCAAGUCCCUUCCCCUCUCUGGGCCUCAGUCUCCCCAUCAGAACAUUGUCUGCUGUGAAGCCCUUGUUUGGGACUCAUAAGCACAUACCCAGGGAUGCCACCCCUUUCUCACUUCUCCCACAGAGCACUUUAGCACACAGACAAGCAAGAAUGCUGGCUUACUGGGUAACCUGAACAUUCUUUAAGUUUUAUCUGUAUAAAACAAUGUAAAUAUUGGAAA